GUAGGUGUGCCCAAACUUUUGACUGGUACUGUAUAUGUAAACAUAUGUGGACACCUUUUCAAAUUAGUGGAUUCGGCCAUUUCAGUCACACCCGGUGCUGACAUGUGUAUAAAAUCGAGCACACGGCCAUGCAUUCUCCAUAGAUAAACAUUGGCAGUAGAAUGUUCUUACUGAAGGGCUAAGUGGCUUUAAAAAUGGCACCAUCAUAGGAUGCCACCUUUCCAACAAGUCAGUUCGUCAAAUGUAUUGCCCUGCUUGCGUUGCCCAGGUUCACUGUAAGUGCUGUUAUUGUGUAGUGGAAACAUCUAGGAGCAACAACAGCUCAGUCGCGAAGUGGUAGGCCACACAAGCUCACAGAAUGGGACUGUCGAGUGCUGAAGCGCGUAGCACAUACAAAUUGUCUGUCCUCACUACCGAGUUCCAAAUUGCCUCUGGAAGCAAUGUCAGCACAAUAACUGUUCGUUGGGAGUUUCAUGAAAUGGGUUAAGGGCUUACAUGGCUGAGCAGCCGCACACAAGCCUAAGAUCACCAUGCGCAAUGCUGGAGUGGUGUAAAGCUCACCGCCAUUGGACUCUGGAGCAGUGGAAAUGUGUUCUCUGGAGUGAUUAAUCACCCUUCAUCAUCUGGCAGUCCAACGGACUUAUUUAUUUAAUUUAAAAAAAAACUUUUACCCAUUUUUCUCCCCAAUUGGCACUUACAGUCUUGUCCCAUCGCUACAACUCCCCUACGGACUCGGGAGAGGCGAAGGUCGAGAGCCAUGCGUCCUCCGAAACACAACCCUUCCAAGCCGCACUGCUUCUUGACACACUGCUCGCUUAACCCGGAAACCAACCGCACCAAUGUGUCGGAGGAAACACCGUCCAUCUGGCGACUGAAGUCAGCUUGCAGGCGCCCGGCCCACAACAAGGAGUAGCUAGAGUGCGAUGGGACAAGGAAAUCCCGGCCGGCUAAACCUUCUCUUAACCCAGACGACGCUGGGCCAAUUGUGCACGGCCUCAUGGGUCUCCCGGUCACGGCCAGCUGUGACACAGCCUGCGAUCGAACCCAGGUCUCUAGUGACGCCUCAAACACUGCGAUGCAGUGCCUUAGACCGCUGCGCAUUGGUGCGGUUGGUUUCCGCCCCCCAAUAGACAAAUCUGGCGGAUGCCAGGAGAGCGCUACCUGCCCGAAUGCAUAGUGCCAACUGUAAAGUUUGUUGGAGGAGGAAUAUUGGUCUGGGGCUGUUUUUCAUGGUUCGAGCUAGGCCCCUUAGCUCCAAUGAAAGGAAAUCUUAACGCUACAGCGUACAAUGACAUUCUAGACGAUUCUGGCCUUCCAACUUGGGGCAACAGUUUGGUGAAGGUCCUUUCUUGUUUCAGCAUGACAAUGCCCCUGUGCACAAAGUGAGGUCCAUACAGAAAUAGUUUGUCGAGAUUGGUGUGGAAGAACUUGACUAGCCUGUACAGAACCCUGACCUCAAUCCCAUCGAACACCUUUGCGGUGAAUUGGAACACCGACUGUGAGCCAAGCCUAAUCGCCCAACAUCAGUGCCGACCUCACUAAUGCUCUUGUGGCUGAAUGGAAACAAGUCCCUGCAGUAAUGUUCCAACAUCUAGUGCAAAGUCUUCCCAGAAGAUUUGAGGCUGUUGUAGCAGCAAAGAUGGGACCAUCGCCAUAUUAAUGCCCAUGAUUUUGGAAUGAGAUGUUCGACGAGCUGUUGUCCACAUACUUUUGGUCAUGUAGCGUAUAUGCAGCAAAUGGCCAACAACUUUCAGCUAAAUAACUGUAGUGUCAAUUCUUUAUAGUCUUUCUGUCCAUACUAAUACAGCUUUGAGAAUUCAUAUUACGGGAGUGCAGAAUAUAGCCCCAUGAAACUCGCCAAUCAAUACAAAAUUCCCUGGAGGAAGAGUGGCCCUAAUGAGCUGAAUUGACCGGCACUGAAAUAUGAUCACUAUUUCUGCAGCAGUCAUUUGUUCUUUCAAGAAAAUAUUAAUUUACUCUAGUGUAUCAGUGAGAAUACACUGCAGGAUGGCGGGGGGAGCGAUGAUACCUCUUUAAAUAUUUAAUGAAGGAGUUACACAAUAAAGUUUGUUCGUGCUCUUGCUGUCAGUUUGGAAGUCUGACUACUUCAUGGUCACCUAGUUUUGAAUGAAAUCCUAAUUAACAGGCAAAAUUAAGACGCAACUCCCCCCCAAAAAUAAAAGCAUUAUUUUUAUGUAAAUAGUCCCUUGAAAAAUAGACUCUCCCAUGUUUUAAAAAGCCUGUCUUGGAUUUACUACCAUACCCUCAUUUCCUGUGACUGUUUCCCUUAAACACAUGAUCUUAAGGCAUACUUCUAAUAGUUGUCCAAUUGAUCCUGCUGUCCCUGCUGUACUCUCAUAUGCUUGGCCAAGGGCAUAGCAUUCUGCAUGCCAGCCUGCUGCCAUCAGCCCCGGCCAGCCGUCAGACACACCUGUGCUUGCGUCUGUCCAUCGCACAGAUUGGCACAGGUUCUUUGUUUUGAUUGGCUGUGCGCUUAUGCUAAUACAUACCUAAUGUCACAGCGUUUCCACCAAAAUCCCACGUCCACUUGAAAACCCCGUCCAACACACAGGCAUGGAGGCACUAAAGACCUGCUGUGAUCAUAAUGCGAAGCCCGUUUGAAUUCCAGUCACAACGAAAUGACGUCCGUCUCAGCAGUCUAAUUCCAUCAUCAACAUCAUUACUGCUAUUAUCCCAUGUCUAUUUUUAAUACGGGGUAAUGUAUCACCAAUAAAGAUAAAUGAGGGAGGCAGCGAGGAGGUAAUUGGCAGGACAUGAUGUCUGACUCUGCACUGACUAAAGUCUACAGUGCCAACUGCUCCCAAAGCUUCAGGAAAAUGUAUCCUUUAUGUGGCCUGAGUGCUCUUUUAAUAGCGUUUGUCUUCAUUGUAUUACCUUCUAACUGUGCUAUAAAUGUGUGUUUAACAUGCUGCUUUUAUGUAUUUAAGGGUGGGGAAAGUUCAUAGUUUCUUGUGUAAUGUAAUUUUUACAUUUGGUUUGGAGUUGUAAUGGUUUUAAGUAUAUCUAUUCUCAUUACUCAGUAUAUAGAAUUAGUGUGCAGAUCUGUUAUGCUACAUGCUGGGGUCAGGUUGCUUGAGGUAGGAUAGGGGAAGUUCAGUCUUAAGCCUGAGACACUUCAAGACAACAGCUCCUGGAAUUGAGCGGUCUUAUUGUGCCAGACAUGGGCUUGAGGACCUAGCAAUUAAACAGUAGAUUAGAUUAACAGUAAUCCUUCAUUGGAGAUGAGAAACUGCUGAAAUCUCUUGUCUACCAGUGAGGCUCACUGAUCUUGUUUAUUAAAGUGUUAGUUGUCUUACUAUUUCAGCAUUUCAGAGAAUUGUUGUUUAUUUUAUUUAUCCCGGUAAGUUGACUGAGAACACAUUCUAAUGUACAGCAACAACCUGGGGAAUAGUUACAGGGGAAUGAAUGAGCCAAUUGGAAGCUGGGGGAUCAUUAAGUGGCCAUGGUGGUAUGAGGGCCAGAUUGGGAAUUUAGCCAGGACACCACCAGGGUUAACACCCCUACUCUUACGAUAAGUGCCAUGGGAUCUUUAGUGACUACAGAGAGUCAGUACACCUGUUUAACGUCCCAUCCAAAAGACAGCACCAUACACAGGGAAAUGUCCCCAAUCACUGCCUUGGGACAUUAUUUUUAGACCAGAGGAAAGAGUGCCUCCUACUGGCCCUCCAACACUACUUCCAGCAGCAUCUGGUCUCCAAUCCAGGGACCAACCCUGCUCAGUGUCAGAGGCAAGCGAGCAGUGGGAUGCAGGGUGGUAUGCUGCUGGCAGUGAUUGACAAACUGAUACGCAACAAAUGUUCCUAUGAAUAUUAGCAUUGCAGUACUUUGCACAACCCCCAGAGAUAAAAGCAGUUACCAUAUUGGAAUAGGAGAUCAAGUUCUAUUACAACAAUUUAAAUAGCCAUCCAGAUACCUGUCCUCAUUCUCCAUCUGAGAAAAUCUCCACUGGACCACCAUAUCUCUCACAACCCUCAACAAGGGAAAACUCACACUAACAUAACAGCAACCUAUGCCUCAAGCCUUGAUAUCUGAACUGAAUAAAAAAAUGCUAUGAAAUUACAGACGAGAACAGCGUCCAAAUUCUGCAUGAGUUACUUUUCGAUUACGACAGGCGAAGCAGAAAAACCUUGUUAGUGCCAUUUAUCGACUAUGCUACUCUUUAUUAAAAUACAAGUGAAGAAAUCCAUCCCAUUGUGUAACAACCUGACUAUUUUACAAUUGCAAACAGUUCCCUUUCUGUCAGAUGGACGUUGUCAUCUAGUGUAAAAAAAAAAAGGGGAAAGAUUAAAAGGUACACCAGGCAACACAUUGACUGAGACACACUUGUACACCCACAAACAAAUGGAAUCAGAGAUCAGACCAGAUAAUCAUCUCUGUGGCCUUCUUCUCUUCUCUUGGUUACAUUCCGGGGGGUUGAGGACUCAAUGGGACCUACAGAGGCAGAAUGAAAGUAAUAGGUGAAUUUAUUGAUUACAAUAAUGAUGUUUUUUUGCUCUUCUAGCUGAAAGUAUCUGGAAAGAAACAGCAGGACAAAAAGCUGAAAUUUUGUAGUCAGCUCACCGGGGACCAUGUUUCUUGAAUAUCCUCAGUAGUUGAGGAAGUUGACUUUUACUGUAUUUCAAACCAUAAUUUCUGUAUGUACAAAUGCCAAAAUAAAGAUUCCUCUAGAUUAAUUUCUGUAAUGAGGGAUGUAUAAAUGUGUGCUUUAUCGCAGUCACAAUCACCAACAAGGUGCUAUCCUUCAUCUCCUUUUGAGUUACAGUUGAAGGGUGGGCUUUAAAUCAAUCACAUUUUCUGUGCCACAAAAAUGUACUUCCAAUGCAUGAAAAAACGUUAUGGUGUAAAAAAAUAAUAAUAAUACAAAAUAAAACAAGAGGUUCUAAAAUGAAGGUUUGAUUGAAUUCCUGCCAUUGUCUUUACUUUACUUUAGGAUAUUAUGUAGGGUAGAUGCGUAGGUAGUGUGGCCUGUUAUCUGUCAGUCAAUAUAUACACUUUAUUUCAUUAUUUCAAUGAUUGCAUGCAUUUAUUUUCAAUUUAAGAAAAAUAUAAGAAUCUCAUUCUUGUCUCUAUUAGCAAGGUCUUGUGAUGGAGCGCGCGGCUAAUUUCCUGAAAUGAUAUAGACCAGGCCAGAGUAGCAGAGUGCAGAAUAGAAGCCCUUCCCAAUUCCCCUUUGUGUUUAUAUAUAUAUAUGUUUUAUACUUAUAGAGGGAAAACUGUCAACCAUAUCCAAAGUGUAAGACCAAAGAGAAAUAAUGUAUGCUUUUGUGAGGUUCUUGGAAGACGAUAUGUGUUACGCUUUACCCGCUUCAACUGUGAAAGAUUUUAGACCUCUGCACAAAACAGAUUUUGAUAAUCAGAAGGUGUAUCUGGUUCUCAGAACAGAAGAUAAUGGUACAGGCCAGCCGUGCAAAGCACAGAUUCUUGCCAUUGCAGAUAACGUUGAAGAGUUUGAACAUAGUAUAAUGCAAAAAAAGAUGAAAAUUCCGAAGAUGUCAACAAGGAAUAUGGGAAAUUCUGUUGAGAACCACUUUGGGGAGGAACGACUGCCACUGAGACAUAAAAAGGCUCAGACACAGGACCAUGGGCGUCCCACUGCCAACUCCUCCAAGAGCCUGGCAGCUGUGGUGGCCCGCCUGGAGAGGAACGCUGUGAGUUCCUGCAUGGAGGGAGAGGAGGACCUGGAGGAGGACAGGCUGGAGGAGGAGGAGGAGGAAGAAGAAGAAGAAGAAGAAGAGGAGGAGGGAGACUCUGGGCCUGAGGAUGCAGUGGUACCGCGGGUUCUGUAUGAGGAGCUGGUCCACAGCUACAGGCAGCAGGAGGAGGAGGUUAGGAGGCUACAGCAGGAGCUGGAGAGAACCCGCAGGCAACUGGUCCAGCAGGCCAAGAAGCUGAAGGAGUAUGGCAGCCUGCUGACAGAAGUGAAGGAGUUACGUGACUUCAACAGGAGGCUGCAGGAUGUGCUCCUCAUGAGGCUGGGCAGCGGUGAGAGACACACACUCUCCAGUCACCUCUCACUGCAGCCUCCCAUGCACAUCUGUUCAGAGCCUAUGCAUGACAAUGGCACUCAGACAAUCAAAGCAGAGGUGGUGGAGCCCAUCAUUGAGCCACAGGAAGUGUGCAGAGAAGAAGCCAAUACCAGCUCCAGCCACUCCCCCUCCCCAAGAACAGUCUACACUUUUAAUGAUGGCAAGGUGCACCUGGGCGGGGGCAUCUGGGUGCAGGAAGAGAAGUGGCACCAGCUCCAGCGGACACAGGGAGACUCCAAGUUCACCAAGAACCUGGCCGUCAUGAUCUGGGGCACCGAGACCCUCAAGAACAGGAGUGUCACUGGUGUGGCCACCAAAAAGAAGAAAGAUGCCCUUCCCAAGCCCCCCCUCUCCCCAAGCAAGCUCAAAAUAGUCAGAGAGUGUCUGUAUGACCGAGUGUCUCAAGAAACGGCGGACGGUGCAGAGAUCACACAAAGAUUGUCCAAAGUGAACAAAUACAUCUGUGAAAAAAUUAUGGAUAUCAACAAAUCCAUCAAGAACGAGGAGAGGCGGGAAUCGAAGCUGCUCAUUAGACAAACCGUCAAGAUGGAGAAUUUCACCUACGAUGGCAUGUAGUGAUGAAAAGUUGUCACCAUACUAGAGCUCAUUCUCUUUUCUUGGACUGCCGAAACAGAAGAGGGUGGGUAGGUUCAUGUGUGCCAGGCCAGCACUAGAGAUCCUCAGUAGGCGCCCAAGGCCCUAAUCCAUCAGCUGUAAGACAGCUUUACCUGCAAGACAGCUUUACCUGUCAAUCAGUGCAGUGCGUGGUUAAGCGUUUUGGUGUGUCAUAUGAACUGGUGUGAGAGAUUCUUAAAUCAAUCUGAUUGUGAGAGAAUGCAGUGGUGCUCCAACAAAAUAUUCUGUGUCAGAACAUGACGUUGUGUCCUAAUAUUCUUAGUGAUUUCCCUUGAAAAAUAACUUCUGAUUUGUAAGAAGAUAUUCUGGAAUAAUCAAGCUAGUUUGUCGUGAUUGAGAGGUUAGCCACACUGAAGGCCUUAGUGUUGAGGUCUCUGUGUGUGCUAUUGGUACUUAAAGUGACGUGGGGAGGAUGUUAAUACGCACUUUUUCAACAGGGUCUCUCUGAUAUACAUGUCUUAAUUGAUACAUGCCACAUUGCGCAGAUAUUCUGUUGCCCGAGAGAUUAUUGCUCUGUGGUUAUCUAGAUGGGAUGCAAGUUUUGAGGUCUCGUUACCAUGAGAAUAUGCCAUUUGGAUUUCCAUAGUAUAGAGCACCAAUGAACAUGAAGUUUGGUAAAGAGAGGUUUAUCAUUAUUUGUCUUCGGUGCUUGUCCACAUCAGAUGUGUAACGGUCUUGAGAAGAUAUGUUUUCUGGAUAAUGAUUUACAGUGUGUAUACCCUACUUGAGAGAUCCAACUUGAGUUUACAUAAAUGUGAUUGUUGUAGUAGUGUCUUUAUUCAAGCUGUCCUGCAGAUCGUUCGACUGUUUUGGAGUUGUGGUACAAGAUUUUAAGCCCAGAAAGGCCUUAUGUUUAUGGGAAUCAUUGGGGACUGUGUCCUCCAGUUAUUUAGUAAGAUGUGAUUUUAAUCUAAAGUUAAGCUGAUAUCUUUAAACUGCACUUUGGUGUCUGAAUGUGAAAGUUUGUCAGGUACUGUGUUUGUUUGGCUGUGGGUAAAGCUGUCUGCAGUGGUCAGUGUUCUGGCUAGAUCCCUGGAUAAAGCACGAUUCCUGCUCUCUCACAGCCCUCUUCUUUGAGGCACACCACUGGGAAUGAAUUGCUAUAUAGUGACAACUUCCAAUGACAUGCCAUCAGAACUCUUCAAAUGUUUUUUCCCCAAACGGUUUGUCUGGCUGUCUGCAACCUGGAACUAAAUGCUGCGGAUUGAAUUCUCAACUGUGACCAUGUGGCUAACUGUGAAUCACCUGCAGGUCUGCCUGUCAAGCCUUUUUGCCUCCUCACUUUCUAUGUAUUUUUGUUUGUCUGUUUUUUCUUUUGUAUUUCUUACAGUUCGAUCAAUGUUUUGUUAAGCUACCAUAUGUGGGGAUUUUUUAGUGUAUAUAACUAGUCUCUUUUCACAAGUCAUGUACUUUUCAGUUUUUAGUCCGACUUACACAUUAACAUGGUAAACUCCUGUGUUUCUUUCUAUUGACAUUGUAAUUCCUUUGUUACCUGGCGGUAAUUUUUAUGUACAUUUUUUGGGGCUUUAAGCUUGAUAUUGUAUCCAAAUGUAGAUUAGAAGCAUAUAAACUCAAAGAAAAGACGUCUCUCUCACGUCGGUAAUCUCUAUGAAAAAUAAACUAGGCAAACCGCAAUUUAAAGUGAUGUCUUUAGGAGUCAAUAUAACCCUUCCCUUAUGUUCGAUUCGGCCUACAACUCAAUUUGAACCUGUACAGUAAGUACAUCACAAAUGACUUUAACCUCCCAAAAUGUAUUUAUUUUCCAGUAGCUGAGAAUGUCCUCUUUCAUAUGCUUUUAUCCCUAAGUUGAUAGACCCAACUGUUUAACAUUUAGCCAAAUGUUUGAUUUACUGAUUUUAUAACAUUUAUGACAUCAGAUCCCUGUCCCUCGGCCUCUGAACAUCACAGGGAGAACAUACUCAUGUCCUUGUGAUCAUCAAAGAUAUAUCUUUACUGCACAGAAAACCAUUUGUCUCUAGCACAAAGGUCAAAGUCGUGGUCAAAUUGACUUCAGAUAAAUCAACUUUGAAAAGAAGGGAAGGGUUAAAUUUCCCCUAUUUUAAGGACGGGCUGUAUUUUCAAAUCAAUCAAUGAACGCACUUUAAAUCUCUUGUGACAGAUUCUCCAUUUGUAAAGAAAUGGAUUUGUUUGCAAAACCGAUUUGGUCUCAACUUAUUUUGGCUAUUUAGAAGAAGAAGAAAUACUAAUAUAAUAAUCGAUGCACCUUUUAAAUGGCCCUGAUAGGUCUGAGUUCUGGUUUAUUUGUAUGAACUGAAUACGUGUGAAGAGUGGUCCUUUAGUAAGCUAUGCCUCUGGCACACAGUGCUUUAUAUUCCCCAGGGUUUGCAUAUUCCCACCAACAUGCCACUCCCCAGGUAUUGGAAUGGGCUUUAGGCAUGAAACUAAUAUGUAAAGGAUGUGUUUUUGUCCUUCCUGAAUGAACCAGACAGUAGAGCUAUACAGAGAGGAACUGUAUGUUAGCUAGGUCUUUAAAAUGUUGCGCUAAUCCUCUGUCUGCUGCUCUCUUGUCCCAUUGUUUAUUUUUUCCAUGUUUUGACAGUUAUUUUUAUGUGCUUUGAAUUGCCCCCACUAUUUCAAUGAUGUGGUUUUUUAAAGAUGUAGAUUAGGGUUCAGUGGGAAGUUGGAAACACUGGAAGUUCAGCUGGAAUUAUAUCCUGGUUGAAUGAUCGGCAACAAAAAAAACAGUCCUUUUUGGACACGGAUGGAUCUCAGUCUGCUGUUUGUUCUUUUUACAGACAACUUUUCAAAUGUGAGAAAUUGCACCUUCCCCAUAUUUUGUAGUGCUGAGGAGUAGCUUGUUGUUAGGAAAGCCAAGCUUUAUAACUGGCCCCUCCCUCCAGCUAUUUAGACAGCUAAUGGUUAAAAGUGGGCCUGGACAUUAGGUAUACAGUACAUGGCCUGGCCUCACUCAGCCCUCACAGCCAGUGAUCCCUAUGGCUACCCAGAUGAUGCUUAAGAAAACAUAGGCAAAGUGUCUUGUUGCAUUGCUGUAGCUUUGCUGUUAUUGACAGUAGAAGCAUGCUAAACCCCAGACUGCACUAGGUGCCAUUCUCUCUCAUGGUUAAACGUUGGAUCCAUCUGUGUUACCAGACAGGUCAUGUAUUGGAAUGGCUAUACAGCAGGGGAGGGCUGCUCUGAUCCACAGGGCUGGCAGGAUCCCUGAGAUUAGUACAAACAGACAGCAUGGGGACUGGCUGAGGGGAUCCGGGCAAGUUGACAUAUGAAACAAGCAGGGACUGUACUGUGCUUUUUCAUCAUCUAAAGUGAUUCACAAAUUCAAGGACAUUGAAAAUGUGCAUCACUACUGGAUUGUGUGCUCUUAACUGAAUGUGUAAAGAUGCUGGAUAUCUUGAGUGUUGUUGUGGGUGAGUGGUUAUAUUAAGCCAAAAUGUUGAAUGCUGAUAAUGGAGAGGGGGGUUGAACUUGCACAAAAAUGUCCCUUGCCAAGGUUUUAGUCCAGAGUUAUCUAAGCUACCACAGAGACUAAAUAUAUUUUUGUUUUUAAAAAUUCUCCCUAAUGUAGAUGUCCUGCUAUCAUUUCUGUAGAAAUCAACAUGGUCCUGUUGAGUCCUUGCGCACAGUAUGUAUUACAUUACAUGCAUUUUAAAGCUUUUAGUUUGUGUGAAAACUGUUCUGCUGUGUGGCCCGUGAUGAAUUCCUGUGACACAUGUUGUUAAUGUUGUUUACUCGUUUGUUUUCUGAUGCCAAAAAAGGGGGUAUGGUUAAAUAGCGAUGAAGAUAUAAUAUUAGACUUGUCAACUGAAAGGCUGACCCGUUCAUGAAAACAUGCUGAUGCUGAGGACCAGUCCAGGUUUAACCCACCAAACUGCCCAGUGUUCCUCCUAUCACAGCCACUAGGCGUACUGACAACACUUCCUUAGGUAUGCAGUGGAUAUGAGGUUUUGCAUAUGGAAGAUUUGUUUGUCAUAACCUCAUUACAGCAGUGAGUCCCACUGCUCUCUCUUCCUCUCUCAGUGCUGUGUGAUUCAUGAAGCCCAAUAUCACCACCUCGGAUACAAUGGCUUUUUCUCAUUUGGGCAAAAGUCCGUCCUUUACUCUCUCUCCUCCAUGACCCUGAAACCGAUAAGUGUUGAGAUGAUGUUAAUUUGUUAGUAAGUGAACGGAAGAGUGGCCUCCCUUCCUCGAUAACCACCUUUCAUCAAGGAUGGGGCGGCAGGUACAGUAGCCUAGGGGUUAGAGAGUUGGGCCAGUAACCGAAAAAUUGCUGGAUCGAAUCCCCGAGCUGACAAGGUAAAAAUGUUGUUCUGCCCCUGAACAAGGCAGUUAACCCACUGUUCCCCGGUAGGCCGUCAUUGUAAAUAAUAAUUUGUUCUUAACUGACUUGCCUAGUUAAAGGUUAAAAUUAUAUUUUUUUGUUUUGUAUCAAACCUUAGUCCUUCGCGGAAGAGUUUUAAAGUCUGCCACACUUCCUUUUGAAUUAGCUUUUGUUUUGUCGUCGGAGAAAAACAUGCACCUGCAACUAUGCUAGUUAUAGUUUUCAUCUAUAAAAUAUCUUGCACAACUAAAUGUUUUUAGCGCUUUACAAGUAUUAUUAUGUAAAUGUCACUGCCUGGUGACACGUGAGUGGAGAAGGAGUCUCAUUUCAUACAGGUGUAUUUUCAUCCAUGUUCUCUCUCCUCGAUUACCUUUUGAUGUUUUUCAAGAGGAGGCGAGAGAGGACAGAGGAGAGGAUGCAGGAGUUGGGCAAAUCCAAUUGAGAAAGGGCCAAUGUUAAGCUUACUCUAAAUGAGAAAGGGGCUUGGGGAACUUUAAGUGUAGUUUCACAAUUCAUUGGCAAGUAUACUUCAUCUAGCUUCACUGUCCUACCUCAUUGCUUCUCUUGUGUUCGUGUAUGAUGUAUAUAUAUUUUUUAACUAUAGGAAAAUACCUUAUUGAUAACUCCUUUCCAAAUGUACAGUAUAUGUAAACUCGUAACACCUCAGUACUACACAGUUGAUAUUAUGAGGAAAUCAGUUUUGUAAAAAUGCUUACUGUCAAUGGAUGCCCAGUUGUCUCCAAAAAUGUAUUUCAACUGAUUGCUCCUUUUCACUGGUUGAUGGUGCUACCAGCAAACGGGUAAACUGAUCUGUCUCUUACCUCAAAUGGUGCUAAUUUUUUCUAUGUUUUUAUUCUCAUUAAGUUGUAUGUUAUUCAAGUUGGUGAUCCUAAAAUAAAUGACAAAUCACAUUUCUAAAAUGUUAAACUACACUUUGCAAAUACUAUCAGAUACGUUCUGGUUUUAGCUAAAUCAACUCUGCUGUUUUAAGUGAAGUAAAUCAUAAUUCCUUGCUUAUUUUAAAAUAUACUUUAAGCCGAGUUCUAGGAAUUGUACAUUUUGGCAUGCUUCAGAUUUGAGAAGGUAACAUUUCAUAAGCACAUCUCAGAUCACCAUUUAUCCAAAUACUGCUAUUAUUUUGCUGCAUGUUAGCUUUAUGGGCAGUUGUGCUAAAACCAAUUUCAAACUGGACUGGGCAGUUCUGUUAAAGAUAGAUUUGGUCCUCAGCAAAUGUUUGGUUAUCCACAGGUCAAUGCUGUGACCACUUCUACAGACAGAUUGCAAUUACAUUAUAAGGGUAUUUCUUGGCAGUGUCUCUAAUAUUUAACUGGAAAUUAGAUAUUGGGUUGGAUAGGGUUGUGAACUUACCUCUCUAAGAGAAUAUGACAUUUACCAUUCAUUGUAUCUUGUAAAAACGUUUUAUAGAUGGGUGUGAAAUGUCCUGACAUCUUCAUGUUGAUAUGUGACAAUUUGAAGAAUGUCAAAAAAUUGUCAAUUUGACCUCUGAAAAAAAAAGUUGUUUCACUCCUUGUUAAUCUCCUUCAUUCUUGCUGCUGAAUAUACAUUUAUAAAAAAAUACAUCAAUAUAUACGUAUCAAUAUUUUUUUUUAAAUAUGUUAAUUGAGAGCGUGUUCAAUAAGUACUGUGAACCAGAGCCAUAGAUAUAUGAUGUUUAUAUGUACUCCAUAUCUGUGGCUCUGCUGUAAUGAUGUUGUCUUUUUAAGUCCCUAGUUUCUUGGAGCCAGAGAUACAUGCACAGAGAGUUUUAAGAACAGUCUAUUUUCUGAGAUCCCACAUGUUCCUGUGUUAGUUGAGGUGGGGGGAGUAGAGGGAGCCUACGUCUGUGAAUGUGUCCGUGGGCACCAGAGUUUGAAAAGGUGGGAGGGGGGUGGCUCAUCAGUAUGUCCUGGGGGGGACCCUCACACAGUCACCAUACCCCAGAGCUGGCCUAUACAGAAAGGAAAUGUUAUAAAAAUAAAUGUCCUUGCAAACCGGUCACACCUCCGCUAUACAACCGACUUUGACUCUUAGCAUCAUUAUUCUGUGUUUGCUGCACCUGUUCAAUGUUCAGAUCAACAAAAUAAAUCCAGAUGUUUAUUCUACCAGAA